AACCAAGUAACUGUCUGGCUUUUAUAAGUGUUUGUGUAAGAAAUAAUUUACAUUAUCGAUUACAAAAACAUUUACUUUCAGUGGCUAUACUGUAUUUGGAAGUGAACUUAGAGGAUCACCCAAAUACAUAGUGUGAUAGGUACAAAAAUGUUUAAAUUGAUAAAUACCUUCUUGUUAUUUGUUUUAUUUGCUUCACAGAUGUUGCAUUUACAGACUUUCGGAUGCAUAUAAACACAUAACCAGGCCUCCUCCCGUACAUGAUACCACAAUGUUUAAUAAUGUCUAUGAUCACUUUUAAUUAGUUGUAAUGAAAGAGCAAAGCCUUUGAUAAAAAUGGUUGGAUGAUUUUUAAUGUCAACAUCAUUCCUAUUACAUCAACGUAGCAAGAAUGUUUAAAGAAUAUUCUUAAAACAAAAAAAAAAUCAUAUAUCAUCUUUCAAGUAAUUGACAUUUUCUUUCUUAUUUUUUUUUUAUUCAGAGAACGGCAUGAAUCUUUCCUGUAUUUGCCGUUUCUGUUUCUCUAAUCAGAAGCUUAAUAUGUUAAUAUUAUGAAUAGACAAAAAAACAUAAACACAUUAAGAGUUUGAUUACUUCAGAACUUCAUUCUUUUGACAGUAAAAAAAAAAAGCUUUGUAUUUGGUUCUGAAGAUUGAAUGAGUAAAAUCUGAAACCUACAACAUGAGUUUUGCAGGUGGGAGAGAUGGAUCAAAAGGUUUGAUAAAGAGGAUUACAUCAACUUUCUCCAUCAAUAAAAACCAAAACACAACAACAAAUGAUCCGAAACCAGUUUUUCCUCGGUCUAGAUCAACAGGUGCUAGCUAUGAAUCAAUGAGGCUGCGUCAGGGGAAAAAGGCUCUUCCUGAUGUCACAGCAAAAAAGACAAAGAGGACCAAAUCUGCUUGUGUCUCUCCUCAACGAAGACGUGAAAAGAUCGACGAGUCCAGGAAACAACAGAUUGAAGAUAUCGAUUCCAUUUGGUUGACUUCUGAUUCUUCUAGCUCCCUUCUAGGGGAACGUAAAGUCUCUGUCUCGUUUCACUUCUCACUUGACGAAAGCAUCGUCUCUUGGUUAUCAAAUGCUGCUAAGAAUCAAGAAGACACCAAAGACAAUCAUCAUCAUCAUCAUCACCAGAAAAGUUCAAAGGAUGCAAAAUAUUCUUCAGAGAACAUACGAAAAGAUGGAAAAUAUGUUGGAACAGAUUCUGCAAAGCCGUGUUCUUCACAUUUACCUGAAAACAACAACAAGACUUGUGAAGAGACCUCUAGUUUCAACAGAUAUGUGAGUCGUGAGUUGACUUCGCAGAGUCACGAAGAAAAGAAAGUUACCUUCUCACUAGAAUCAGAUGCGUCUCCUUCACCGGUUAUCUCAAAUCUUUGGCCACCUACUCCUCCUAUAACCAUACUAGCAUCAGCUUUGGAGAAAGUUGCGGAGAUUGGAGGUUCAAAGAGAAGGAAUGUUGUGGAGCCGCUUUUCUGGCCAUUGGAGCAGAAGUUUGAUUGGACAACAGAUGAUAUAAUGAAGCAUUUCUCCAUGUCUCCUCAGAGAAAAAAAUAUAUUGGAUCCAAAAGUGCUAGCACCUCACCAAGGUCAAUGAGGGCACAGCUUCAUACAAGAAAGCUAGAUCUCAAAGAAGGGUGUAAGAGAAAACUCAUGUUCCAUGGUCGGCCUGGAUCAAACUCAAAACUAACACAGAUUCCAGAACUGAAACAAACAAUCAGCAGCGACCAACCACCCAUCAAGAACCGUUUGAAGAGGAACAAAAGUUUGCCAUCAAGGUUGAGAAACACCAGCGAAAUAUCUUCAAAGGUGGUACCUAUUGAAGCUACAGAAGAGAGUGUAGAGAUAAGUAGAGAGGAAAAGAAAACACCUAAGAAGCUUGUCAUGACCCGUAAGUCCAGAACUUUUUUAGAAGAUGACUUUGGUUUGAUGAAUGAUUUCUCUAUAGAAAACGCGGUGGGGCUUUGCGAGUUCAGGGGAAGAGAAGGCAUUGAUUCAGACUUCAACACUGAUUGUUUCUUGUUCGAAGAUUCUCUAUGAAAAGCAAAAGGCUUUAUACGACAUCACGGUUAUAUAUUGCAUAUACUUGUCAAACAAACAUCUGCAUUGGCGACAACUUUGUUCCUUGAUUGUAUACCUGUUGGAUAGAUUUAUUUAUAAGUUUAUAACACAUAUAUGUCAUGCGUUUUGGAUCAAUCAAAAGAUCUGGAACAUAAGUUUAUGUUCCUUAGUCCUUACUCCUUAGAAUAAGCAGAGCAGAUAGAAGGAGAGAAACACAACACAUUGGAGAAAUAUAGAAACCAUGGAUGAAAAUUGAAAAGUCACUGUUUUAAAAAGUAGAAAAAAAAAAGAGGGAGAGACCAGUCUAGAACGCUGCGCUGUUUUUAAUAUAGAAACGCUGAUAUCAUGUCAUGCGUGUCGUUUCAAUCAAACCAAAACGACACAAAGUAUACCUUUUGUUUACUGUCGGAUGAGUUAACACUUAACAUCCAUUUCCCUAUUGUCUAGGGUUUCAUGAAGAAGCAAGCUUCUCCCUCCGCCAUGAAUUCACGGCGGUGCACGGUCUUGGAGGAUCCUCAAAUCAUAAGUCGAAGCAUCUCACUACUUACUGCUGACGAAGUGUUACUGAAGAUUCCAAUCGAUCUCAUCAUCGAGAUAUUCUCGAGGUUACCGUUGAAGUCUAUCGCGAGGUGUCGUUGCGUAUCGAAGCGGUGGGCGUCCUUACUCCGCCGUCCCCAUUUCACGGAGUUGUUCUUCACCAAAUCGUUGGCUCGCCCCCAGCUAUUUUUUCGCAUGCCAGAAAGAGACCGCGGAUCAUCAUAUUACUUUCCCCUUUGAGCGUGUGGAUGGCAUAUCUAGUUCUGUCAAUGGAUAUGUCUGUAUAAGCGGUCAUCAGAUCUUAAAAGGAAGGAAGACCCGAAAGGAUGUGUUGGUGAUAUGUAACCCUAGCACGGGACAAUCCUUUACUUUACCCAAAAUACCUAAUCUGAAGAACAUGAAGAGCACUGCAAAGAUCUAUUUAGGUUAUGAUCUGAUUGAGAAACAACACAAGUGUUGGCAAUGGCCAGGGUAGAUGGUAGAGGUGUGCAUCAAGUUCUUACAUUAAAAGGAACUAGGAACCUGACUUGAAGGAUGAUUGAAUGUAGCGUACCCCAUUAUUUUCCAAAGGCAGAGUGCAUAUGUAUCGACAGUGUUUUGUACUACGGUGCUUUGGGUUCCAAUAUGUGUCAUAUUCUAGUUUGCUUUGAUGUCAGAUCCGAGAAGUACAGCUCCAUUAAAGCCAUUCAAAGAGCAAUAGAGGAUGCUGCAACUCUGGUAAACUACAAAGGUAAAUUGGCUUCACUAAUGGCGCAACCCAACCCCCUUUUUAUUAAUGGAACAAGUACAAGUUUUGAGAUGUGGAUUCUAGAAGAUCCUGAGAAACAUGAAUGGUCCAGCCGUAUUUACAAAUUUCCUCCUGUUUGGAAGGAUGUAGUUGCAGGGGAGGUCUUAUUCUUUAAAGGAGUGACUGCCACAAAUGAAAUUGUUUUGUCCCCCAAAACUUCAUCCGAUCUUUAUUAUGUUUACUACUACAAUUUCGACAAGGAAACUAUAAAAAGAGUUGAAUUCCAAGGAAUGAGGCCGUUUAGGAAGGGUUGGGGUUCUGGAGUUUUCACCUUACUGAACCAUGUAGAGGACGUGAAACUUAUGUAAUUGUUUUAGAACUUUGUAACGGAAGCUGGCUCCUUGAAGAUGUUAAUGAAAACCUUUUUUUCCAGUGGUUC